GACAACCACAACACCACGACCACCAUGUCCGAGGCAGACUUUAUCCCCCUCGAAGAGCCCAGGGGGUCCAAGGCCCAGGCGGACAAGGGCGCGUCCGCGACGCUCUUCGUCUCGUCGCUGCCGUACAACGCAACCUCGACCGACCUCAUCACACACUUCUCCUUCAUCGGCCCCAUCCGCCACGGCUUCGUCGCGACCGACCGCGAGACGGGCAACUCGAAGGGUGUCGGUUAUGUCACCUACUCUAUGCGCGAGGACGCCGAGCGCGCGAUCGAGGAGCUCGACAACAAGGAGUUUGGCGGCAAGGGAAGGAAGAUCCGCGUUGGCUGGGCCGACCAGAAGCUGUCGAUGAAGGAGCGUAAGGAGGCCCAGGCUGUCCCAAGGCCGGCCAAGAAGCCCCGCGUCGCCGCUGGAGAGGAGAGCACCGGCCCGUCCGACCCCAACGCUAUCCGUACCCUCAUCCUCUCUGGCCUCCCCGCCGACCUCACCAAGGCCGUGCUGUGGAAGAAGGUCCGCAAGGCCAACGACAAGGCCGAGCUCGUUUACCCUGUCGAGGGCGAGGAGGACGCCAACACUGCCAACAUCAUCUUCCCAUCCCACGGUGACGCGCUCAAGGCGCUCCCCAAGCUCCACGGACACACAUAUAAGGGCGCUAUCCUGUCGUGUGUUCUCAAGAAGCGCCUGGACAAGCUUUCGACCAAGGGCGAGGGACGGGCCGCUUCGCAUGCUGGCCGUCUCAUCGUCCGUAACUUGGCAUGGGACACCACCGAGGCCGACCUUCGCGCCACGUUCCUGCCGUUUGGCCCCCUUGUCGCCAUCGACCUCCCGACUGCGCCGUCCAAGAUUGAGGGCGCUCCCCCACGUGCCCGUGGUUUUGCCUUCGUCUGGUUCAUGGUCCGGAAAGACGCCGAGCGCGCCAUGGAGGCGGUCAACGGCAAGGCUAUCACCCGUGCCCCAGACGCCGCAAACGCAAAGGGCAAGAAGGGACGCGAGGCCGCCAAGGCCCGCAAGGCCGACGAUGGCGAGGGUCGUCUUGUCGCUGUUGACUGGGCACUGAGCAAGGACAAGUGGCAGGAGACGCAGCCCAAGGAGGAGGCCAAGGAGGAGAAGGGGGAGGACGAGGAGGAGAGCGGGUCGGACAGCGACAGCAGCGAGGCGAGCGGAAGUGAAAGCGGAAGCGAGAGUGAGAGUGGGGAGGAGGGAAGUGGUGAGGAGGAUGAUGAGGAUGAGGAGGACGAGGAGAACGACGAGGACGUUGAGAUGGCCGACGGCGACGAGGACGAGGAAGAAGACGCACCCGUCAAGCCAAAGCUCCCCGACACCGACGUCGGCAGCACCCUCUUCAUUCGCAACCUUCCCUUCGAAACGACAGAACAGGAGCUCGGCACACUGUUCCGCACCUUUGGCCCUAUUCGCUACGCACGCAUCACGAUCGACAAGGCGACUGGCCGCUCCCGCGGAACAGGCUUCGUAUGCUACUGGAACUCUGAGCACGCCGACGAGGCCAUUGCCGAGUCUGAGCGCGUUGCCCAGGAGACUGGCGCCAACGCCAUGCCCCUCGGCGACAAGAAGAACCCCUUCGCGCUGCCCUCCGUCCUGACUGCCGACCCGUCGUCGUCGCUCGCCUCCAAGCUUGUCCUCCACGGCCGCACCCUCGCCGUCUCGCGUGCGGUCACCCGCGAACAGGCCAGUAACCUGAAAGACGACGCCGAGCGUGCCCGCGAGAAGGGCGACAAGCGCAACACUUACCUCAUGCGCGAGGGUGUCGUGUUCCCCAACUCUCCUGCUGCUGCCGCCCUCCCUGCUGUCGAGGUCGAGAAGCGCCAGGCGGCGUUCAACGCACGAAAGGCGCUGCUGCGCUCCAACCCUGCGCUCUACGUCUCCAAGACACGUCUUUCGAUCCGCCAGCUUCCUCUCUUCCUCACCGACCGUGGCCUGAAGCGCCUCGGUAUCCAUGCCGUGCGCACCUUCGACGCCGAGGUCGAGGCCGGCACGCGCGAGCCGCUCUCGCGCGUCGAGGAGACCGACUCGACUCUCUCGCCCGCGCUCGAGGCCCGCGCCGCAUCAGGCAAGGCGCCCAAGCGCGGCGAGCGCCAGACCGCCGUCGUCCAGUCCAAGGUCGUGCGCCAGAACGAGAAGGUCGACCCACUGACCGGCUCUGGCCGGUCAAAGGGCUACGGUUUCCUCGAGCUGCGCUCGCACAAGGAGGCGCUCAAGGUGCUCCGGUGGGCGAACAACAACGCCGCUGUCGGCCCUCUGGUCUGGGAGUGGUGGGUCGCCGAGCUGCAGGAGCUGCGGGAGCGCGCCAAGGGUCAGCUGGAACGCGCACGCAACGGCGAGAAGGAGAAGGAGAGCGUCGAGGAGCUGGAGGCACGGCUCAAGAAGAUUGACGCCCGCCUCGCUGAGGGCGACGACCGCUCGCAGGGCGGCAUGCGCGGCGGCAAGACGCUGCUCAUCGAGUUCUCGAUCGAGAACGCCCAGGUCGUCCGCCGCCGAGUAGACAAGCAGUCACACGACCGCCCAGCCGGUGGCCCCGGGGGUGCUGGCGGCAAGCGCAAGGCUGACGCCAUCGCGGCCGAGGACACGGACGACGAGGACGGCGGCAGCGGCAAGCGCCAGCGUACCGACAAGCCCAAGGGCAAGUUUGACAGGAAGGGCGACCGGGGCGACCGGGGCGACAAGCGCGGCAGCAAGGGCAAGUUUGACGACAAGUCCAAGUCGCCACGGAAGGGUGGCCGCGACGGUCGCGACAAGGCCUCCAAGCCACAGCGCGAGCGCCGCUCCGAGGCCAAGGUGACCGGUGCCAACGCCGAGCAGCCGCGCGGUAUUGAGAAGCUCGGCGCGUCGCUCGGCAGCAUGAUUGGCCGCAAGCGCAAGCAGCGCAAGGGCGGCAAGUAGGACUUGGGCUUGGGGGUCUGUAUCGUAAUGCAUCGUGAUAUUAG